CGCGCUGCUCUGCUGGGCACGGCUUGGCACCGGCGUCUUUCCCUCGCUCUGUCUAGGCUGCGGAGCUUCUCUGGGUGUAGAGGCGCUCGGCUGCACCAUGCUUCUCCACUCAGUCAACCUCUGGAACCUGGCGUUCUAUGUCUUCAUGGUGUUUCUGGCGACCUUGGGGCUGUGGGAUGUCUUCUUCGGCUUCGAGGAGAACAAGUGCAGCAUGAGCUACAUGUUCGAGUACCCCGAGUACCAGAAAAUAGAACUCCCAAAGAAACUGACAAAGCGUUAUCCAGCAUAUGAGUUAUAUCUUUACGGAGAAGGAUCGUACGCUGAAGAACACAAACUUCUCCCUUUGACAGGAAUUCCUGUUCUCUUUCUUCCUGGAAAUGCUGGAAGCUAUAAGCAAGUUCGUUCUAUCGGCUCUAUUGCACUUAGGAAAGCAGAAGACAUCGACUUCAAGUACCAUUUUGACUUCUUCAGUGUCAACUUCAAUGAAGAACUGGUGGCAUUGUAUGGUGGAAGCCUUCAGAAGCAGACCAAGUUUGUACACGAGUGCAUUAAAGUGAUUCUCAAACUCUACAAGGGUCAAGAAUUUGCUCCUACAAGUGUGGCAAUAAUCGGUCACUCUAUGGGUGGCCUUGUUGCCAGAGCAUUGCUUACACUGAAAAAUUUUAAGCAAGAUCUGAUCAAUCUUCUUGUUACACAAGCUACUCCUCAUGUGGCCCCUGUGAUGCCAUUAGAUCGUUUCAUUACAGAGUUUUAUAUGACUGUAAACAACUAUUGGAUUUUAAACGCUCGGCACAUAAAUUUGACUACACUUUCUGUGGCUGGAGGAUUCCGGGAUUACCAAGUUCGUUCAGGACUGACUUUUCUACCAAAAUUGAGCCAUUACACCAGUGCCUUAUCUGUUGUGAGCUCAGCAGUGCCUAAGACCUGGGUCUCAACAGACCACCUCUCCAUCGUGUGGUGUAAACAAUUGCAGUUGACUACAAUUCGAGCAUUCUUUGAUCUUAUUGAUGCCGAUACCAAACAAAUAACUCAAAAGCCUAAGAAGAAAUUGUCUGUUUUGAAUCACCAUUUUAUAAGACACCCAGCUAAACAGUUUGAGGAAAAUCCUUCCAUAAUUUCUGACCUAACAGGGACAUCUAUGUGGGUUCCAGUAAAAGUGUCCAGAUGGUCCUAUGUGGCUUAUAAUGAAUCUGAUAAGAUUUACUUUGCAUUUCCUCUUGCAAAUCAUAGAAAAAUCUACACUCAUGCCUAUUGUCAGAGCACCAUGCUGGAUACAAAUAGUUGGAUUUUUGGCUGCAUAAACAGCACUUCCAUGUGCCGGCAAGGGGUUGAUUUGUCAUGGAAAGCUGAGCUGUUGCCAACAAUUAAGUCUCUGACGCUAAGACUUCAAGACUAUCCAUCCUUGUCGCAUAUUGUUGUCUAUGUGCCAUCCGUCCACGGAAGUAAGUUUAUUGUAGACUGUGAAUUCUUUAAGAAAGAAGCAAGAUCCAUGCAACUCCCUGUAACUCACCUUUUUUCCUUUGGAUUGUCUUCCAGGAAGGUGAUAUUAAACACAAACGGCCUAUACUACAACAUAGAGCUGCUGAACUUCGGGCAGAUAUACCAAGCUUUUAAAGUCAACGUGGUCAGCAAGUGCACUGGAGGCAAAGAAGAAAUAACCAGUAUCUAUAAACUUCAUAUUCCCUGGUCCUAUGAAGAUUCACUAACCAUCGCACAGGUUCCAUCUUCCACAGACAUUUCUCUGAAGCUUCAUGUUGCUCAGCCAGAAAAUGACAGCCAUGUGGCACUGUUAAAAAUGUACACAUCGUCAGACUGUCAGUAUGAGGUGACAAUUAAGACUUCCUUUCCACAAAUACUUGGACAGGUAGUUAGAUUUCAUGGUGGAGCCCUUCCUGCCUACGUUGUAUCUAGCAUCCUUCUUGCUUAUGGAGGACAGUUAUACUCUCUCCUCUCAACAGGUUAUUGCUUAGAAUAUGCUACCAUAUUGGAUAAAGAAGCCAAGCCAUACAAAGUUGACCCAUUUGUAAUUAUGAUUAAGUUUUUGUUGGGGUAUAAAUGGUUUAAGGAAUUAUGGGAUGCAGUGUUAUUACCGGAAUUAGAUGCCAUCGUUUUGACUAGCCAGAGUAUGUGUUUCCCUCUUGUAUCCUUGCUUCUCUUUCUGUUUGGAACAUGUACUGCGUACUGGAGUGGUCUACUCUCUUCUACAUCUGUGCAGCUUCUUUCUUCAUUGUGGCUAGCUCUGAAAAGACCUGCUGAACUUCCUAAAGAUAUCAAGGUGAUGUCACCAGACUUGCCUGUUUUGACAGUUGUCUUUCUCAUAGUGAGCUGGACAACUUGUGGAGCACUUGCCAUCCUUCUGUCUUACCUGUACUAUGUGUUUAAGGUUGUUCAUCUUCAAGCCAGCCUAACAACAUUUAAAAAUAAUCAGCCAGUGAAUCCCAAACACUCUAGAAGAAGUGAAAAAAAGUCCAACCACCACAAAGACCCUGCUGUACAGAGUCUUCGCUUAUGUGCUAGCGAUGCUGAAGACAGCCUGCGCAUGCACAGCACUGUGAUUAACUUGCUGACGUGGGUUGUGCUGCUCAGCAUGCCGUCUCUCAUCUACUGGUUAAAGAACCUUAGGUAUUAUUUUAAACUCAGUCCUGACCCAUGCAAACCCCUGGCAUUUCUCCUUAUUCCAGCUAUAGCGAUUCUUGGGAACACUCACACUGUCUCAAUAAAGUCAAGUAAAUUGCUGAAGACCGUCUCCCAGUUCCCACUUCCUCUGGCUGUCGGCGUGAUUGCUUUCGGCUCCUCCCAUUUAUACAGGGUCCCGUGUUUUGUGAUCAUUCCUCUUGUAUUCCAUGCGUUAUGCAACUUUAUGUAAGACUGGACCUAAGGAAGGAGAAGCAGUCCAUGCCUUUUGGACCAGUGACACAGUGAACGUACAGUUCCACCACCAGGAACAGUGAGGUCCUCUGGAGAAGACAAGUCUAUUUUUACAGUAUUGAAAAUAGGAAAUUAGUUUUGUAAUGCUUGAGGGAAGUAGUUGAAGCAUGGUUUCAGUCCGUGGUGUAGCAUCUGUAUACUUGUCAUAUCUGACGGAUUAGUGAAGGGAUGCUGUGGCCUCUGUCUUAAGGACUCCUGUACAUACCAACUAGCUUUCAUCGCCAUCCCAGGAACCUUCUAAAGACCUAGAGAUGCAGUGCUGUGUGCCGUCUAAGUGAAACUUCAGCUAGUUUCAUCAGACUUUGUUUUGAAAAGUGGGCUUUAUGUUUGUUAUAAUUUACAUAUUCAAAAUAAGUCUUAAAAGAUUGUUAGAAGUGACAACUGUUUUCUCAGAAGUAAAAUAGUCAUGAAGGAGUCUGGUCAAUUUUUGGCAGCCAUGGUGGACAAAGUUUGAUCCAUCAUCUUACAUCUGUGAAAAAGAGCCUCAAAUUAAAGGGAGGUUUUUUGGUUAACCGCUGCAGUUCAGAUUCAAAACAAUGACAAUUUUCAUGAGCUUUCAGAUAUGAAUCUUACAGUGUAUACUUGGUGAAUAUUAGAAGCAUGGAAGAAAUCUAUGAAAAGAUCUAUUAACAAAAGAAUGUUCUUGCAGAUUCUGCAUUGGCACAGUCAGUCUCUGCCCCUGACUUAAUUCCUUGCCAAGUGGUUGCCAGGAGUGCCUGUAGCGAUGAUAGGUUAUUAAAGGGAUAACUCCAGAGGCCGGAACAGCUCUGGGUUUGCAUCAUUUGUUUGUCUACUGAGGAGGAAGGGUCUCAGCAGAAAUACAACGUUGUACUUGAUGUACAAAGCUAUAUACUAAUAGAGAAACAAUGGACAGCCUUUACUGAAAAGGUGAACACUGCCUGAAUAGAUUGCACACCUACGUCACUCAUUAAGAGCAGAAUCUUGGUUUGUAGAGACGUCUCUUAAGACUACAGUUUUGCCACUGGGGGAAGCGGGGGUAACAUUUUAUUUCAUUUCCAAUUAUAGUUCAUUCUUAGCUACAGAAAACUAGGAAGGUCAGGAGCUUGAAGAAUAUAGUUGCUCUUUGCCUUCGGUUAGAAUAAACUCAUGCUGAGUCAGACCUGUGUCGUCAAACCCUUCACUUAGAUGUGUGUCCUGUAAAUGCCCGUGAGCCUUUCAGGUGAAGUCCUCCAGUGUUACGGAAUUCACAGUUGCACUUGUGACCUUACAUCCUUCUCAGUACCCAGGAAUGGUACUAAGAAUCAGCUUCGUUUUAUCGGCUGUUACACCUGGUGCCACAGCCUCUCAGCUACUACUGCCAACCGGAGGGUUCCGCCCACAUCAGCCACGUUAGUUUUUCCCUGGACCUUUCCUUCUUCAGAGCUAAGAAGGGUCAGGUUAUUACCACAGAAGUUAGUUGGUUUGUAUGAUUCCGUCGCUGUCUGACUGGCAUUGUGCUUGUUAAAUAUUAAUAUUUUCACUUAUUAAGACUUUUAAAGGAAAGCCAUUGUACUAGACAUGGCAGACUCUUAAGUCCCUUGUUUUAGAAAAGUGUCAAAAGGAAUAAACUGUACCAUAGUGUUUGUUGAGUACCCGAGAGUGAGUUCAUUGGAUAAUUACAAUUUUCUCAUGGCACAACACUCACAUAUCUAAGUAGGAAUGUAUCUGCUGUAACUUUGCUGGAGAUGUGUGGCCUCUCUACACAUGCUGUCUUUCAUUCUGUCAGUGGUAUUAUAGACAUAGCUCAACUUAAUGGCAACUGAAUACUUUAACUUUCUGAAUUUGAACAUACAUCUACACACAGAAAGAACUUUCCAAAAUUUGGUGUUAGACUUUUUGGCAGCCAUGAUUAUUUAUUUAUGAGAUCUAAAGUCUCCCUGCGUAGCCAGUAUUGCUCAUGAAUAGGUUGUAUCAAGUUUGAUUUCUUACUCACGAGUAGUAUAUUUGUUAUCAAAGCACAUUAAUACUCACAACAAUAUUUUUAUCUGGAAGUACUAAUUCCCUAAGCCCUUAAAGUCUUAUUUAUGCCAGAAAAAUAUUUCAAAUAAUAGCCUGGGUCUUCAGCCAUUUGCCACACAUACUCAUAGAUACACACUCACACAUAAACGCAGAUGGGCGUGCUUUGAUAGAAUCUUCAUCAAGCAUUUAGACACAGAAAGCUAGGUAAGACUCUAUCUGACUAGGGAAAGUGUUAUCCCUUAAAAGGAAAUUAUUUCAUAGAAAUAUCACAUACUUUUGUCUAUCAUGUGUACAUGAAUAUAGGUUAUGGUAGAGAUUAAUACAACAAAUUUUUGAGUUCUGUUGUCAUGUUUUUUGGGUUUUAUUUUGUUUUGUUUUGUUUUUUAAGAAAUUGAGUUUUGGGGUAAAAGUACUUAUUUAACAACUGGGUUCUUGCUUGUAAAUAGAUUGGGUAUAUAUCAGACAGUUAAUCUGUCUGAUUAUUGAGUGCUUAGUAUUUUUUUAAAAUGCCCUCAUAGAUUAUUGCUAUUAUAAUUUAGACCUGAUCAUUUUUUUGAAGGUUGAUUUUGUGUGUGUGUGUGUGUAUGUGUGUGUGUGUGUGCUGGUGCUCAUUGUGGCCAGCAGAGGGCGGUUGGAGGUGCUCUGUGAAUUGCUGGAUGUCAAUACUAGGAACCAAACAAUCAUCCUCCAGAAGAGCAAGCACUCUUAACUGAGCCCUCUCAGCCCCUGACCUGAUACGUAGGAAGACAUUGCUAUUGCAGCUGUGUGUCUAUGUAAAUGCGUAUACCAGGGAUUGAAUCUGGAGCCUGUGUAUGUUAAUUACGUUCUCUCCUCUUGAAUAAUGCACAGCUUGUCUGGACUCAUUCCAUGUCAAAACUAAGUCAAUUUUACUAUUUUCUUGGUUGUCACUAUAGUGAAAACUUCUAAAGAAACCAUUUAUGCUACAUUAACACUGAUUUUUGAGGUUGCCCUAUGUCUAUAUUGAUCAUGUAUUGAUUAGUCUUUUAAAUCUUUUUAUAUCUUAGUUAUGUAAUUUCAGCUAUCUAUGAAGGGAUACUUUUUAUUGAGUGAUCUUUAUAAUUAUCACACAUGUCAACAUGACACAUUUUUCACAAUGCUCACCAAUGCAUACAAGGCUGAUUGCCUUAUUAUCAAGACCCUGUACUUUUUUUUUUUUUUUUUUAGCCUUUUACUCUUUUCACUUAUAGCAUAGUGUGUUCAUUUCAUCAUGCACUCUCUUAAUCCCUCCUGUGGAAGAUGCUGAAGUAGAGGGAAGAAGAACUCAGUUUUUAGUUCUUGAAAGCCACAGGAGGCACAUGGGAAGUAGGCCUGGAGAGGUGGUUCAGAUAGUCACAUGCCUGCGGCACAAGCAUGAGGACCCAAGUGUAGACUGCCAGAAUCUAUGUGAGAAACUGGCUAACUAGUGCAUGCCUACAAUCCCAGCACUGGGGCAGUAGAGUCAGAUAGAUCUUCAGGGCUUGCUGGCCGGCCAGCCCGGCCAUAUUGGCAAGCUUCCGGUUUGGUGAAAGAGUCUAUGUCAGAAAAUGAGGUGGAACGUGAUUGAGGAAGACACCAAGCACUGACCUCUGCCCUACUCCUCUGACCUCUCCCUGCACCUUCAUGUAUGCACACGGGUGCACAUACAUGAAUAUGUACACACAAAUACUCAAGAGGUGGGGAUCCACAAAUAUCAUGAAGUAAACCAGAACAGUCGAUUCCAUAAUUGUGGAAUAAAUCUGGUGCCUCAUAUUUCCCCUUAGACAGGUCUGCAUCAGUGCAUUGCCUUGCUUUAGUUGGUUUGAUGCAAACUUUUAGAAUGCUGUAUUUAAGCAUAUAGGAAGUGGUUCUAAAACAUCAUUUGGAAAAAAAUCCAAAAGAAUGUUGAUGCGUUGGAUAGCUAAGUCUUUGUUGAUUGUUUUUCAUCCAUGUGGAAGAUUUGUGAGUUUGCAUAUCAUAGGAAACAAGAGACUAUGGAGUUGAUUGAGGGUCACAGUCCAUCCGGGGAGUAUGACACUUGGCAGAAUAAAGGGAACCAUGGGAACUUCUGGGUUAAGACAUUACUUCCUUCCGGGAAAGCUUCCUUACCACAUAAAGUAAAUAUAGGACUCACUCUACAAACUGUAAGGUUAACAGCUAGAAUUUUACUGCAGACUUUUUGAACAAGAAACAUAAUUCUGUGAAUAUCUAAUCUUUCAACAUUAGGCUUGCUGGUGUGUGAGGAAAUAAGAUAGCUCUGGGCUCCUCACACUCCUAACUUUUCAGAGUGCUAUGGAAAAUGGGAGUCGGGUCAUUCAGUCCAAAUGUGUGCUAUAAAUGCUUAAACUUCUGCAAUUACAAAACAUAGUGCGAAUAAAUAAAAACAGAAUUUUAUAUGUUGGUCACUUGGUUUUGAGAACAGAGUAAGACUUGGAAAUGCUGAUAGUAGGCAUGUUGUUACUCUGUUAAUAUUGGAGACGUAGCAGUGCAACUAGGGCGACUGUAUUCAAAGGUGGCAAUAUCUAACCUACAGCUUGAUUAACGUGUGUGAAUAAUAAUUUUAAAAUCAAGAACAGUUUUGUUUUUCAGUACUUGUUGUGUAACACUGCCAAAAAAAAAAAAUCCUUAUACUAAGAAACCAGUUAAUUUCUGAUGACUUGAUGUAGAAUUGGUAUCUUGAGUCAGAGUCAACAUGUAAUCAUUCUGUACAUUGUUGAUUUGAACAUCAGUGGGAAACUGUAUCUGUUGGUGUUUAGUUAGUGUAAACUCUGCAUAUCUGAAUUCUAAUCUUAGUCUAAGAAGCGUGUGGGGAUUUUGUAAAGUUCAUGUGCUAUUUUAAAUGUUUUUAUUUUUAGUAUUUGUAAGGUAGUGAUGUUACUAUGACAAAAGUUUAUAGACACUGUGUAGCACUACUGACUGCUCUAGAGCCAAACAGACAGUGUAUUUUGUAUUUCAUGUGUACUUUUUCUGUUUCAUAUUGGACUUUUUACAUCCCUUUUUUAGGAGAAAAAAAAGGAUGCAUUUAAAUUUUUUUUUAGGGUAAUCUGUAUUGGAAACUAAGUAUUCUCAAGGUUAGCAAACAUACUUUACCACCAAAGCUAAAUGAAACUGUAAGAUACCUCUGGAUAUUUGUGCCAAUGAACUUUUCUUAGUAAUUUGGGGUUAAAACAAAAGUAAUCUUUUCAGUUUUUUUCAUCUAGGACUUACAAUAAAUGUGGAUAUCAUGAAAACAUGUUCCCUAUUCUGUUGUUCUUUGAAAUUUUUCAAAGAUUUAGAACAGUGUGUUCUGUGGUUUUUUUUUUUGUGUGUGUGUGUGCGGUUUCCUGACAUUGCUGGCUAAAAGGUGAAUCCACUUAAUAGUAAUCUUUUAGCAGUUAAUUGUGGCAAUAAUCAUUUGAAGUAAUCUGACUGUGGCUUGUUUUGUGGUGUAAAAAAAAAUCAAUUGCUUUGCACAAUCCAUUUUUGGUGUAGGUGUGUGGUUUCUACAGUUGAAACCUUCCCUGUGGUAUUUCUUUUGCUUUCUGUAUGUCUCUGCUUAGUCCCUAGUGUCUAUCCACUAGAACCUAAUAUAGUAUAAGGCAAACCAGUUAGCAUGCAUAUUUUGUGCCAAAUACUCUGAAAUACAGUUGUUAAUGAAAAACCCUGGCAUUGAUACGGUGUUAGAUAAAACUAGAACUAUAGCCACAGUGCAGUCAUGUGAACGCUAGUUCCUCCUCAGAGGAACGGCAUGGAAAUUGCAGUGUUUCUUUAGUUUUGCUUAGCAUCUACUGCUUCUUUGCCCUACAGUACUGUAUUGUUGGUACAUUUUUCAUAAGUUAGCCUUACAAUUGAAGAGACAGCACAGAAAACCAGAUAUUGAAAUAUUUGGUCUUGAUCAAGUAAUGAUUAUCUAACUGUUGGGGACUGAUGAUAAAUUAAAAGAAAGGUCGUUUAUGGGAGCUGGCUUCAGGAUGCUCUGUCCUCUGGAAGGAGUUUGUCUUCUGUGUGCAGUGGUCUUAGCCUCAGUGGGAGACGCCUGUCCCUUAACAUAAGCAGGCUCUGCAUGGAGGCAGAGGCUUGUGAGAGUUCUUGUACAGAUCUCCCUCCCCUGCUGUGUGGUUGGGAAAGAAAUCUUCAUUUUUAUUAUGUAUAAAUUAGGAAGUUGUGCUACAUACUUUUUUGUAUUUUUUUUUUUUUGAAAAUAGGCACUGACAUGUAUCAUUUUGAAGUGAUGCUGUGGUUUCUUAAACAUAGGACUAACUAUAAAUGUAGCAACAUGCCCAAGAUAAACCAAAACUGAGUAUACCCCAUCACUGUGACCUUGAACUUAUUUGGGAUAAAACAGACUGUGCCUUAAAAUGACAAAGCAAUGCCCUGUAGUCUUGUAACUGUAUUUUACUAUGGGUGGUCUUCUCGAGGUUGUCUGAAAUCCCUUUCUUUCGAGUUGUUGAAAUAAAAGUUUUAAGUACCAAUUGACCCAUGCUUACUUGAGUAUCACUUAGCUGCUGUUCCUGAGGCCCCCCUUAAUUUCUAGAGCUUUUUCUUUUGAUUUCAUUUUAAUUUAAAAAUUGACUUAGUCUGAAUAUAUGUGAGAAAUUAGAUUUGGCUAAAGUUUCUGGGGAAAAAUAUUUUAAGGAUAGUCAGGGCACUUCUGCUUCUAAACUUGCUGGAUAUGGAAAAAUUAAUCACUGAAAUGUAUCUUUGUCUUAUUGAUAGUAAUCCUAUCAAAGAGGUGCAUUCCUUCUGAGAUGUGUGGUCAGUGUUGUGGCAGAUCGAGAUGCAUUGACAUUUUCAAAUAAGGGUUAUUAGAUUUAUAGUAAGGAUUUCCCAGUGACUAAACGCCAAUGAAUGUAGCUUGUUUUGAGCACUACCAUUUCACUUCUUCUUUGUCCUGCCUCAUUAUCUCCUCUGUUUUUAAUUUAAUGUAAACUUUUAUAUUUGUACAUGUUGAUAUAAAAUAAUGAGUAUAAUUUCCAUUAAAGUCCAAAUUACUCAAUUUAUAGUAUAAUCAUAUUCUUUGCCCAAAGAUGCUCAUUUCUGGGAACUCAGUCUGUUUAUUUUUACAUGUUACUUUUGGGCAUAAACUCAAAUGUAUUUCCUCU